AUGGCUUCACAGAUCCCAGCUCUCCCACAAUCCUUCACUCCCAGCACCGACAGCGUCUUCUCUGACCAGUCCGGCUUCUUCUCCCUGGACUCUCACGUCCCGGGUCUCUCCAAGGUGAUCCUCAACAAGCUCAACCUGUCCGACUAUGGACAGUACAGGGCCGCCCUGGAGGGUCGGACCGGAGGAAUCGCCUUCCGCAACUACAGAGAGAUGUUCCAGAAGAUGGAGGAGACCUUCAAAUUCUGCACCGCCUGCAACAAACUUCCAGAACACCUGAGCGAGGACCAGAAGCUGAAACGUUGUGUCAGGUGUUUAAAUGUCUACUACUGCACCAAAGCCUGUCAGGUCAACAACUGGCCAGAGCAUAAAAAGGUGUGCAAGACGCUGCGUCUGGUGGCCAUUGACAGACUGGUGGAGUGGCUGAUGUUCACUGGAGAUCUUCCACUUCCUACGGACACGUGGUCCAAGCCUGCAUCUGAGGUCAAGACCUGGCAGGACUGGCUCCCCCUGCAGGAGGAGCACCUCACCACCCGCCUGGACGCCGUCUUGACGAGCAGCAACAUGGAGCUCCUCUGGAGAAACGCCAGCAGGCCCAGACCACAGGACCCUGACCUGCGUCAGUCCGUGUGGCGAAUCCAGAGCGAAUUCCUCUCCCGGGUCCUCACAGUGGCCGUCGCCGUGCAGCACUACCAACUAGACCCUCACUCCAGACCCUUCACUAUCCACAUAGUGGGGGCGUCACAUAACGAGACCAUGGGAGCCCGACUGAGCGACUAUGACGAGCUGAACCACAUGUUCCCGGGACAUCAGGGCGUGGAGGUGGUCAUGGUGGGACCGGAGGUGGUGGACGGACCCAUCAUGAGGCCGCCGCUCACGGCCUUCGGGCCCAAGCAGAGGGUCUACAUCAGCGCCUAUAAGGGGCUCUACCAUCACUUCUGGGAGGCGCUGGUGGAGAAGGAGGAAGCAUCCAAACCAGACCUGGUGGUCGGCUUUCAUCCUGGUUUCCACGCCAACCAAGGUCUGGCGGAAGGUUGGCUCCCGACUCUUCUGCUGCUCAGAGACUACAACAUCCCAUCAUUCUUCACGAUGUACAGUGACAUGGAGCUGAAGUACUCGCUGCAGAUCCUGCUGGAGUUGGAGGUGCACAUUCGGGACAGCGGCGUCAAUCCGUUCACAUCUCAGAAGCCCGAACAGGUGCAAGCCUGUCCCAACAAAGCACCUGUGUACUGCAACUCUCACUACGUCGCUUUCCAGGGACUGUUACCGCGAGAAGACUUUGAGGAGGCCAACUAAGAGAUUGUGUCACAAGGACAAUAUACAGGUAAAAGCCAGUAAAUUAGAAUAUUUUGAAAAACUUGAUUUAUUUCAAUAAUUGCAUUCAAAAGGUGUAACUUGUACAUUAUAUUUAUUCAUUGCACACAGACUGAUGCAUUCAAAUGUUUAUUUCAUUUAAUUUUGAUGAUUUGAAGUGGCAACAAAUGAAAAUCCAAAAUUCCGUGUGUCACAAAAUUAGAAUAUUACUUAAGGCUAAUACAAAAAAGGGAUUUUUAGAAAUGUUGGCCAACUGAAAAGUAUGAAAAUGAAAAAUAUGAGCAUGUGCAAUACUCAAUACUUGGUUGGAGCUCCUUUUGCCUCAAUUACUGCGUUA